AUGGUUACUAACCCUCGCUCGUACAUCAUCAAGCAGGUGGACAUGGGUGGACAUGGGUACAACCCUCGUUCGUACAUCAUCAAGCAGGUGGACAUGGUUACUAACCCUCGUUCGUACAUCAUCAAGCAGGUGGACAUGGUUACUAACCCUCGUUCGUACAUCAUCAAGCAGGUGGACAUGGUUACUAACCCUCGUUCGUACAUCAUCAAGCAGGUGGACAUGGGUACUAACCCUCGCUCGUACAUCAUCAAGCAGGUGGACAUGGGUACUAACCCUCGCUCGUACAUCAUCAAGCAGUGGACAUGGGUACUAACCCGCGCUCUCUCCACUCUUGUGUAUCCUGCAGUGUGUAUCUACAUCAACAAGCAUGUCAACAUGGGUCCUAACCUGGACAGGAAGAAGCUGCAGCAGCUCCCAGAUCAUUUUGGGCCUGACAGGCCCUCYGUGGUGCUGCAGCAGGCRGUCCAGGGAUGCAUCGACAGCGCCUUCCAGCAGAAAGCUGUGUUCACUCUCCUCACACAGGGCUACGGAGGGGAGAAAAUAUCAGCCACUUUCGAUGGGAAGCAGCACCUUCUGAGUCUUCCUGUGGUCAACAGCAUGGGCUACGUUCUACGCUUUCUCAAGAAGCUCUGUCGCAGCUUGCACUGUGAAAACCUCUUCAGCGACCAACCAAUCCCCCAGCAUAAUAAUGCCUCCUACCAAUCAGAGGCUGAAACCUCCAUGCCAGAGGAGUAUCUUCUGGACCCGUCAGACAAACGCUACUCAAUGGACCCAGGUGACUCCGCCUUCAGUGCCAUAAGCUCCUCCUACUCAUCCAAACCAUCCUAUGGGUUCCGCUCCUCGCAGCAGUUCCCCAACGGCUCCUCCCCCUUGGGCAUGUGUAGACAGACGUCCAGCCCUAACACCUUCAUGGAAGGCAACAGGAUAGCGUACAAUCCAUCUCAGGACUCCCAGGAGUCCAAGCCGCCCCCCAGUAAGGACCCUUCCACCUGGAGUGUAGAGGARGUGGUGUGGUUCAUCAGAGACGCUGACCCGCAGUCCCUGGGCCCUCACGCGGACGUCUUCAGGAAGCAUGAGAUAGACGGCAACGCGCUGUUACUUCUAAAGAGUGACAUGAUGAUGAAGUACCUAGGACUGAAGCUGGGGCCAGCCCUGAAGCUCUGCUAUCACAUCGACAAACUAAAACAAAACAAGUUCUAAAUCUGAACAUUUUUUCACGUCAUCAAUCMGUGGGACCCAACUUUGUGGAUGCGUUCCAAAUGGUACCCAUAACCCACUCGUUUUGACCGUAGCCCUAUUGGCCCUGGUUAAAACUAGUUCAAUAUAUAGGGAAUAGGGUGCCAUUUGAGACGCUAUAUUUUACUGGUUAUUUUUGCAUUUUCAUAUAUCAUGUAUCUAAAGAAAACAAUGUGAUCAUGUGAUCGUGACAGAAUACGUUUUUGGAUAUUCUAGUUUUUCUGUUGAAACAAGGUUUUGGUUUAUACAGAUUACAAAAUAUGCAAAUUGUGGAAUGCAUAACUGAUACACUGGUUGACAAUACCUGGAAGAGAGAUACAGCUGUCCUAUAAAUUAGCUUAUUAAGGCACCUAUAAAACAUACCAAGUUACGUUUAUGAUCUGUUGAGAAGUGUGAAUUAUUUUAGAUAAACUGUUAUUUAUACUUGGUCUCAAAUCUGCGGUAUAACUUUGUUUUAAAGGAUAUUUAAAAGAGGGGGGGGGGGGGUCUCCACAAAUGUGUGACAAACACAUCAAAGCUGUCCCGUAUUGUUUUAUUCUAUACCUUUACAACAGUGACUUGAAUAUGUAGUAGGGUUAAAGCUGUUGAUGAAGUUCUUAACACAUCAAUGCAUGUGAUUUAAAAGCAGGAAGCUACAGUGAUGUUAAACAUUACUAUACUUGGUUUUGUUAUUUACACAAAAUAAUGUAAACUAAAAUGGUUUUGCAUAUUGUUUUACAUAUUGUUUUGCAUAUUGUUUUACAUAUUGUUUUGCAUAUUGUUUUACAUAUUGUUUUACAUAUUGUUUUGCAUAUUGUUUUACAUAUUGUUUUGAUAAAAUUGCCAAAAAGAUCAUGUUUGUGCUGCAACACAUAAUGAGACAUUUCUAUAGUUUAAUAAAAUAAUGAUCUCCA